CCCGAGCGCGUGUUAGGCGCCCGCGUUGGCACGUACCGAGCGGCGCGAAGGUGACCGAGAUCUCAGCUUAGUGCCUCCGGGUAAGGCUGCCACCCGCGGGCCUACAGCGUGCUCGGGCGCCUUCCGGCUGAGGCAAGUGCUGGCCUCACCACCUGUCCAGGCCAUUCUUGCAGCCUCAGGUGACAGCGCGGGUUCCUGCUGCGAGUUUCUCUGGUCUCUGAGCUCCGUAGCGGGUUGCACUGGGUCCCCUCCUACCGUGUGUCUGGGAACUCUAACUGCUUGUGCUGCAGUUCCUAGCUAGUGCACAUUCCCAAAUGUGAGCCCAUCCUCCACCCCUGCCACGCAGUUUGUGACCACCCAGAACUUUCAGCUUCUCCUACUCAGAGCCCUGACGGAUGGCUGCCAUGUUGGGGGAUGCCAUAAUGGUGGCCAAAGGCCUUGCCAAGCUGACCCAGGCGGCCAUGGAAACCCACCUGCAGCACUUGGGCCUUGGUGGGGAGCUCAUCAUGGCCGCCAGAGCUCUGCAGUCCACAGCCGUGGAGCAGAUUGGCAUGGUCUUGGGGAAGGUGCAGGGUCAGGAUAUGUAUGGAGAGACUGAGGCCACUGAGAGCUUUGACGACCUAGAAGCAGAGGUCCACUUCUCAGGGACACAGGCGUCUGGAUCUUCUGCAGACUUCUCUGUCACCUCCUCUCUUGACCAGUCACUGUCUCCUCCUCUGGGUCACGCCCACAGCGAGGGCCCAGCUCCUGCCUAUGUUGCCAGUGGACCUUUUAGGGAAACUGGGCUCCCGGGCCAGGGAGCCUCCCCUCUGGGCAGAGUUAACGGGAGACUCUUUGCAGAACCCAGAGACUUAUUCUUUGCCCCCGGCUUCCAGCGAAGGUUCUUCCACCAGGACCAGUCCCCACUGGGGGGCCUCACGGCUGAGGACAUUGAGAAGGCCCGGCAGGCCAAGGGUCGCCCUGAGAGCAAACCACACAAGCAGAUGCUCAGUGAGCGGGCUCGGGAGCGGAAGGUGCCAGUUACACGAAUUGGGCGGCUGGCCAACUUUGGAGGUCUGGCCGUGGGCCUGGGCUUUGGGGCACUGGCGGAGGUUGCCAAGAAGAGUCUGCGCCCUGAGACCACAGGGAAGAAAGCUGUGCUGGAUUCCAGCCCCUUCCUGUCAGAAGCGAAUGCAGAGCGCAUCGUGAGCACGCUGUGCAAGGUGCGCGGGGCAGCGCUGAAGCUGGGCCAGAUGCUGAGCAUCCAGGACGACGCCUUCAUCAACCCCCAUCUGGCCAGGAUCUUCGAGCGGGUGCGGCAGAGCGCUGACUUCAUGCCACUGAAGCAGAUGACGAAAACUCUCAACAAUGAUCUGGGCCCCAACUGGAGGGACAAACUCGAGUACUUUGAGGAACGUCCCUUUGCAGCCGCCUCCAUUGGGCAGGUGCACUUGGCCCGCAUGAAGGGUGGCCGUGAGGUGGCCAUGAAGAUUCAGUACCCUGGUGUGGCCCAGAGCAUCAACAGUGACGUCAACAACCUCAUGACUGUGCUGAACAUGAGCAACAUGCUUCCAGAAGGCCUGUUCCCUGAGCACCUGAUYGAUGUGCUGAGGCGUGAGCUGGCCUUGGAGUGUGACUACCAGCGGGAAGCCGCCUGUGCCAAGAAGUUUAGGGAGCUGCUGAAAGGCCACCCCUUCUUCUACGUGCCUGAGAUCGUGGAUGAGCUCUGCAGCCCCCAUGUGCUGACCACAGAGCUGGUGUCCGGCUUCCCUCUGGACCAGGCCGAAGGGCUAAGCCAGGAAGUUCGGAACGAGAUCUGCUACAACAUACUGGUCCUGUGUCUGAGGGAGCUGUUCGAGUUCCACUUCAUGCAGACAGACCCCAACUGGUCCAACUUCUUUUAUGACCCUGAGCAGCACAAGGUGGCUCUUCUGGACUUCGGGGCAACACGGGAAUAUGACAGAUCCUUCACUGACCUCUAUAUUCAGAUCAUUAGGGCUGCUGCUGACAGGGACAGGGAGGCUGUGAAGCAGAAGUCCAUAGAGAUGAAGUUUCUCACGGGCUAUGAAGUCAAGGCCAUGGAAGAUGCCCAUUUGGAUGCCAUCCUCAUCCUAGGAGAGGCCUUUGCCUCUGAUGAGCCCUUUGAUUUUGGCACCCAGAGCACCACUGAGAAGAUCCACAGUCUGAUCCCCAUCAUGCUGAAGCACCGCCUCGUUCCCCCACCUGAGGAGACCUACUCCCUGCACAGGAAGAUGGGUGGCUCCUUCCUCAUCUGCUCCAAGCUGAAGGCCCACUUCUCUUGCAAAGCCAUGUUUGAAGAGGCCUACAGCAACUACUGCAGGAGGCAGGCCGAGCAGCAGUAGCCAGCUGCUCUGUCAUCAGCAGGUGGCCAGCAGAUGUGGCUGUGCGGGUGCUCUGCUCGCUCCUCUGCCUGGAGGGAGGGAGUGGGGUGGGUUCUGAGUGGGAGAGGAGGGUGGAGAGCCCACAGUGCUCUAGUGGUUUCCACUACUGGAGGAGUGGAGGAGAAGUCCAGGAAGGAAAAUGAGACCCCACUAUUCCAUCAGAACCUGCCUGUCAUAUAUUCAGCCCCUGAAAUAACUAGGAAAAAAGGCAGUUUUAUUUUUUCCCCUUUUUCUAAAAUGAAUGUUAACCAGAAAAGAGGGGGUUCUUACUUCCUUCAAAUCCCUGCCACUUGAAACAAAAUGAAAAAUGGAAGCAGAGAAGCACUUUUGGAUUUUGUGUGUGUGUGUUUCUAGAUGAGAUUUGUGUUUCUGCUGUUUUUGACUCCAGCCUGUGGUCUGGAACUGGGAGAAAUGCCACUCCGAACAGUGCCGGUGACUGUAGCCAUGUCACCUGGGCCUGCUCUGGUUGGGACAUCUGAAUGUUUCCAGAGAACUGCUGCCACAAGGGGAGAGCCAGGAGCAGCAGAGGGAGAGAGGCCUGUUGUACCCACUAGGGCCUGAGAGGAGAUGCACUGCUGCCACCCACGCACCAAAAGGGUCAGCAUAGGCUGUUUUUUUUUGUACAAAUCUUAUCAAAUUU